GAUGAACAGUCUUAUUUUAGACAUUAAAAGCGCAUAGCGGACUGACUCUUCAAUAAUAUUUCAGUAAGCUUUCAAUUAACUGCAUUUAAAAUGAGCGAAAAACAUUAUGAUGUGUUAUUCAGCGAUAAAUUAGGACGUUAUCUAGUUGCUAAUAAGGAUUUAAAUGCUGGAAGCGUUAUUUUUACUGACACUCCAUUUGCUUUUGGGCCGAAGCAAGACUCAUCUCCACUUUGUCUGGGUUGCUAUUGUCCUGUGGAAAACUCGGUAUGUUCCCGUUGCAGCUGGCCAAUAUGUAGCGAGGCUUGUGAGAAGAGUAGUGCACAUCAACCAGAGUGCGAUGCAUUGUCUGCAGCUCGAGUGCAGUUCCAGCCGGUGCAAGAUUGGACAGAGGCCUCACCGCAGCUUGACUGUAUAACACCAUUACGAAUGCUUCUAGCCAAAGAGAGAGAUCCAAGUCGAUGGCAGCAGGAAAUCGACAUGAUGGAAACACAUACAGAGGAGAGGAAGAAACAAGCAUCUUGGGCAGCCGAUUAUAACAACAUUGUAAACUUUUUGCUAAAUCACUGCAAAUUCGGAGCAAGAUUCACUGAAGAAGAUAUUAUAAGAGUCUGUGGGAUCAUUGCGGUGAAUGCUGUGGAGAUACCGUCUCGAGGCGGCUACAGCACCCAUGCAGUGUACCCGCAGCUAGCAGUAGCAGCGCAUAGUUGUGUACCCAACAUCGUCCAUACAAUACUCUACAAUAACUACGAGGUGCAGGUCCGAGCUGCAAUUCCUAUAAAGGCCGGCGACAUUCUAUACAUAAGUUACACGCAUGCGCUGUCACCGACCAUCGUCAGGCGAGAGCAUCUCCGUGAGUCGAAGUACUUUGAUUGCGAAUGCCAGCGUUGUGCCGACCCGACUGAGUUGGGCACACACAUGAGUACAAUUAAAUGCAGUAAAUGUGACAAUGGCUUGAUACUUGCAAGCGAUCCAUUAGAUACCGAAUCGAAAUGGAAGUGUACCGUUUUAAAGUGCGGUUUCGAGACAUCAAGCGCGGCAAUGCGAAAGAUGUUGGCGGUUAUUCAGGCUGAAGUUGAUCAACUAGACGCCUUACAACCAACUCCUGAAGCUAUUGAAAUGAGGGAAGCGUUCCUUAAGAAGUAUAAGUCCGUGUUCCAUCCGCGCCAUUCUAUCCUUCUCUCUGUGAAGUACACCCUUGCGGAGCUCUAUGGCCGAGUAGAGGGAUACACCAUAGACGAACUACCUGACUUGAUGCUGGAAAGGAAGGUUGAAAUGUGCCGACUUCUGCUUACCACACUGGACGUCAUUCUACCAGGAGAUACGAGGAUGAGAGGAAUGAUGCUUUACGAGUUGCACGCACCACUAAUGUAUCUCGCAAGGAGUGAAUUUAGCGCCGGUCUUAUAACACAGGAGCAGCUUAAAACGAGAUUGGAAGAACCUAUGAAAUGCUUAGCUGGAGCUGCCAAAAUAUUACAACGGGAGGAUCCACAGAGUCCAGAAGGAACAAUCGGGUUUAUUGCUUCUCAAUCAUUGGAACAGUUAAAAGCUAGCGUUGAAUCACUCUAGUCUGUGUAUAGCUCACUUGGUAGUUGUUAGUUUUUGUUAGUGUAUUAGAAAUUAUGGAUUCAUCUCCGCUGCGCUCCAACUAGAUACCGCACUACCUAAGAGCCCAAGCUUUUUUAAUCCGGCAACUUUAC